AUGCCUCCAAAGCCCACCUCCAACCCCGUCCGCCGCAAAGGCCUCGCCUUCAAGCCACCCCGCCCCGUCAAAGCCGCUCCCACCGCGUCCAAACCCGCCCAACGCGUCGCUCCCAAGCCCGCCGCGCGCACCUCCACCUCCGCCGCCCUCAAGAAACCCGCAACCUCGCGCCCAAGCUUCCAAAACGCCUCUACCAUCAUCUCCUCCUCCGAGGCUGAAGAUGCUGACUCCGCCGAAGAUGACAACGACGAGGAAGCUGAAGAGGAGGCCUCGGACGACGAUGUAGAGAUGGAAGACCGUGCACAGCACCGCACCGCGCCGGCUCAGGUAGAGGAGUUGCAGAGGCCGGCUGUCCCGCCGCCGCUGCUGGCGCGGCUGCUGCACGAGGGAUUUGAGGAUCCGAAGGUGAAGAUUCAGCGGGAGGCGAUGAGUGUGGUGGGGAAGUAUGUGGAGACGUUCGUAAGGGAGGCGGUGGCGAGGGCGGCGUUUGAGAGGGAGGAUGCGAGUGGUGGCGGGGUGGGGAUGGGGGUUAGUGAUGGGUUUUUGCAGGUUGAGGAUCUGGAGAAGUUGGCGCCGCAGCUUGUGUUGGAUUUCUGA